CACCUUCGCCACCUCCUCCCCGCCGGAUUUCCCUGAUCUUGGCCCCCUGCCCUGUGGAAUGUCGAGCACGGACGCCCAGCGCCUGGCGCUGUUGCUGGCCGAGGCGCGACGCACCCUCCGGCUGCUGUCUCCUCCGGCCGCAGGCACCACCGGCUCGGCGCACACGGCCAUCGACAGCGAACAUGCAGACCGCCUGCCUGCAUUGCGAGCCACCCUCACCGAGGCACAGGCCCUUGGCGCAUGGAUGACUCCGGCCCAGCGCCGAGCCUUCGAUGCAAUGCUAGACACUUUUGCGCGGAUUGAGCUGACCUCCGGGGCGCAGUCCUCCGACCGGGCCCCACACCACCCUGCAGCCGAGAUCACCCAGCGCGGGGGCAGCAAUUCCCACCCCACCCCUGCCCAGCAAUCCCUCCACGAUGUUGCCCUGAAGAAUACCAGCUCCCUGCGCGCCGCGGCCGAAGACCUCGAGGAGAACGUUCGCCGCGCUCGUGACAUCAACUCCAUGCUCAUCACCUCUUCGGAAAUGCUCGAAUCCACCAGCACGGAGCACCGGACCUCCGGGGCCGGGGCCACACAGUCAGCCCUCUCGCUGACCCGGCGACUGCGGCUGCAGCUGUCCAUGGACCGCAUCCUCCUCUGGGUGGCAUGUGCUGCCUUCGGCCUUGUUUGCAUCUACAUCCUGCAAAAGCGCGCUCGGCUCUGGUGGUGGCGUUGGUUUGGCUGGCUCUAUCGCUGGCUGUCCGAUCGCCUCUUCCAGGCCACCCUCGGGGCGGAGAUCGGGGCCGCCGCCGGCGGCGCCGGCGGCGGCAACGUGACUCCCGGGGCGCACGCGAUGUUCCGCGACUGGCCUGCGGAGCUCUGAACACGUGACGUCUACUGCCGACGGUCGGCGCGCGCCGACCUGUGCCCCCCCCCGCGCAGGCGCCCAGAGAACGGCGCAUCCGCGCGGGGGUCUGGCGCUCGCUCGGCCGGCCGCGGCAGGCUUGCCAGAGCAGGUGCGGGGGGAGGCGGAGGGCCGGGGUCUCUCCGGCUGACUCGUUCACAGAGAGAGAGAGAGAGAGAGA